UAGUUGUGAUUUAUUUUUACAUGAUUUAAACAUUUGAUAAAGAUCUCAACCAUGAACGGAGUGAACACUAACGACGACACUGACGCCGCUCAAGGGAAGGCCUCUUCCAACUCGUUCCUUGACAGAUUCUCCACCGUCUUUACUCACCCAGACAGGUCAGAGUCCCAGCGGCCUGACGACAAGAUGGCGGUCCUGAAGUUCUUCCGGACUCUCUCGGAAGAGAGCGAGACAGACACUUCUCCCGGGAACAUCAACAGCAGUCAUGAAGUUGUUGAAGUCAAUGGAAAUGAGAGGACCGAAGGAAAGGAUUCAAGUGCAGUAGGUGUGGUGCAGAAGAAAGGAGAAUCCACCACUACCAACACAAUUAUGGAACAUGACAGCAUGAAUGGAACUCUGGGCCAGACGACUGUAGUACCGAGGAACAUGGACUCAGAAAAGGAAGAGAAUGCAAACAGUAACUGUCUUGUCCAACCAGAAGACAUAAUUUCAGAGUCUCAUUUAGGUAUAUAUGGUGAGUCAACGGACCAGUCAGAUGACUUCAUUUCAGAAAGGCUGUCCCACUUACAAGGAUAUAGUGGGUCAACUGACCCUGUUGAACAGAGAGUGAUGAUUAACAAACAUAGGAGCAGUGUGUCUUCAGAGGACUGCAGUAUGGAGGAGCCUAUAGACACACAGAAUACCACAGACAGAGCCAAUCAGGACAUGACAACUGACUGUCCCAGUACAGACAAGUUGGAAUUAACAGACCAGCACAGUCAGUGUGUGUCAACAAACAACCGUCAUCAAGAUAGGGUCACAAACAAUCAUGAUAACGACAAAGUCAAGGAGAUGAAGCCCACAGAGGUGUCAACAGACAACUACAACAGGCUGGCCUGGUUAACAGACAGUGAAACCAAUCCAAGAGCCAGAAGUUAUCAGGAAAUAUUUACAUAUGAUAACCACAGCCAAGACUUACCUGCUGACAGCAAAGACUCACCUGCUGACAGCAAAGACUCACCUGCUGCUGAUGUUGUAGCCAGAGACCUUGCUAACCCCUCUGCAGUAAUGGCUGGGGAACCUGCUAUUAGUACACCACUACCUUCCAACACCAGAAAACUGGUGAUAACCAUGACCAGGAUUGAGCCUAUAUCUGAUGACCGGCAGCAUACAGCCUCUGAAACUGAGAGUCUGUUAGAGGCUGGAGAUCCUGAAACUGAGAGUCUGUUAGAGGCUGGAGAUCCUGAAACUGAGAGUCUGUUAGAGGCUGGAGAUCCUGAAACUGAGAGUCUGUUAGAGGCUGGAGAUCCUGAAACUGAGAGUCUGUUAGAGGCUGGAGAUCCUGAAACUGAGAGACUGUUAGAAGCUGGAGAUCCUGAAACUGAGAGACUGUUAGAGGCUGGAGAGGCUGAAACUGAGAGAAUGUUAGAAGCUGGAGAUCCUGAAACUGAGAGCCUGUUAAAGGCUGGGGAGACUGUUAAUGCACUGGUCGAGGAACUUCCUCACGCAUCUGCUCCUGUGUCUGAGAUCACAGCCCAUUCUACAGCCCAGUCCUCUCAGCCCUGUAGCCCCCAGGAUGGAGCCCCAACCCCAGCACCAGCCAGUCCCCAGGAUGGAGCCCCAACCCCAGCACCAGCCAGUCCCCAGGAUGGAGCCCCAACCCCAACACCAGCCAGUCCCCAGGAUGGAGCCCAAACCCCAGCACCAGCCAGUCCCCAGGAUGGAGCCCCAACCCCAACACCAGCCAGUCCCCAGGAUGGAGCCCCAACCCCAACACCAGCCAGUCUCCAGGAUGGAGCCCCAACCCCAGCACCAGCCAGUCCCCAGGAUGGAGCCCCAACCCCAGCCAGUCCCCGGGAUGGAGCCCCAACCCCAGCCAGUCCCCAGGAUGGAGCCCCAACCCCAGCACCAGCCAGUCCCCAGGAUGGAGUCCCAACCCCAACACCAGCCAGUCCACAGGAUGGAGCCCAAACCCCAACACCAGCCAGUCCCCGGGAUGGAGCCCCAACCCCAGCACCAGCCAGUCCCCAGGAUGGAGCCCCAACCCCAGCACCAGCCAGUCCCCAGGAUGGAGUCCCAACCCCAACACCAGCCAGUCCACAGGAUGGAGCCCCAACCCCAACACCAGCCAGUCCCCAGGAUGGAGGCCCAACCCCAACACCAGUCAGUCCCCAGGAUGGAGCCCCAACCCCAACACCAGCCAGUACCCAGGAUGGAGCCCCAACCCCCGCACCAGCCAGUCCCCAGGAUGGAGCCCCAACCCCAGCACCAGCCAGUCCCCAGGAUGGAGCCCCAACCCCAGCACCAGCCAGUCCCCAGGAUGGAGUCCCAACCCCAGCACCAGCCAGUCCCCAGGAUGGAGCCCCAACCCCAACACCAGCCAGUCCCCAGGAUGGAGUCCCAACCCCAGCACCAGCCAGUCUCCAGGAUGGAGCUCCAACCCCAACACCAGCCAGUCCCCGGGAUGGAGCCCCAACCCCAGCCAGUCCCCAGGAUGGAGCCCCAACCCCAGCACCAGCCAGUCCACAGGAUGGGCUCCUAGUCUUAACCCCAGGUACAACCAGUGGCCCUCCCUCUGGCACCACCUGCACCAGAACCACCUUCUCCCCCGGUUCCCCAGUGGACAAGCACCUCCAACUCCCUGCCUUUUUCAGUGGUCUGAGGAUCCCAAAGAAGGGGGCGACAGUGCCGGAGCAGGACAUAGUGGGCAAGAUCAAAACACCAACUCCAGCAGGCCUGAGUGUGAACAAGCUUGUGAGGAGAAAGCUGAAGACAGUUCGCAGGAGGCAGGAGAGCUUCUUGGACCAGCUCUCCCAGUUCCUGAACCUGGAGAAGGAUGUCAACAGUAAGACAGAGGAGUUUACAGGAGAGGACAGGAGGGAGUUUACAGGAAAGGAGAGGAAGGAUUCUACAGAAGAGGAGAGGAGGGAGUCUACAGGAGAGGACGGGAGGGAGUCUACAGGAGAGGAGAAAAGGGAGUCUACAGCAGAGGACAGGAGGGAGUCAGAGCCCUCAGACGAGACUGAAGGAGUCAGAGUCGAACCUGAGGAUGGGAUGGAGGAGAAGGAGAAGACAGAACAGGAAGAGGGAGGAGAACGGCAGAAAACAGGAGAGGAGAAAAAGACAGACCAGGACACAGAGAAGACUGAAGGUCUGUCUGUGAUAGAGCCUCCGGAAUCUUCAGAACCUUCACAGACUCUAGAACUCUCAGAACCUUUAGAACCUCAGAAGCCUCCUCCCUCCAGUGCGGAGGUGGCGUUCGAUGCCUUCAAGGCCUUCUUCAUCCCCAGGCCCCUGUGGAGAGAGGGAGACAGGGGGGACCAGGAGGCAAAGAGGAAGGCUUGGAUCUUUGAGAGAACCUCCAAGACUCCUGAAAAGAAAAACCUCACUGACUCAAAAUCGGAGACAUCGAUCUCAGGUGAUGGAGAGGACCGGUCCACCCCAGGCCGUCUGCAGGCCAUCUGGCCCCCGACUAAGGAGGAGAAGGUUGGACUGAAAUACACAGAAGCAGAACACCAGGCAGCCCUCCUGCAGCUGAAGAGAGAAUGCAAAGAGGAGGUGGAGAAGAUACAGGAGGACUAUGGGAAGCAGCUGCACCAGCUGAGAGGGGACAACGAAGAGUGUGUAACCCAUCUGGAGGUCACCUUGGCCAGGCUACAAAGUGACUUGGCCCUGGGUGCCCACCACCGCCGUGGAGAGCUCCGAGACGUGGCCGUAUCCACGGGAGAUGGCCUCUCAUCCCGGGCCUUCCGCACUGUGUACGUCCAGACGGACCACAUGACCUUCCCCCAACCCCCCCUCAACUUGCCUAAGAGACUGGAUCUGGCUUCUAUCAGUCUAAAUCUGUCUUGUCAGGCUACCUCUCCCUCUUCUUCCCCCGUUCAUCUCCCUCCACCUCCUGCUCCUCCAAUCCCACUCCAGACCCAGGGACUCGACGGGCCCCCUCCACCUCUUCCGACCCCUCCACCAGGGUCCGCCCCUCCACCUCCACCCCCUCCACCAGGGUCCGCCCCUCCACCUCCACCACCAGGCUGUGGCCCCCCACCACCUCCACCCCCUCCACCAGGCUGUGGCCCCCCACCACCUCCCCCUCCAGGGUGUCUGACCUUCAGUACCAUGCUAGAUAAACCCCCCAGGAAGCCGGCUGUGCAACCAGCCUGCCCCAUGAAACCUCUCUACUGGACCAGGAUACAGACACAGGACAACAAUAAAGACACAUUGUGGAACUCUCUUGAGGAACCAGACAUCAUCAACACCACAGAGUUUGAAGACCUGUUCUCCAAGACCACCAUACAGACAAAGAGAAAACCUCUGGCAGAGGCCUAUGAGAAGAAAGCCAAGGCCAAGAAGAUCAUGAAGCUGCUGGAUGGGAAGCGUUCCCAGGCCGUAGGGAUACUCAUCUCUAGUCUGCACCUGGAGAUGAAGGACAUACAGCAAGCUGUGCUGAAUGUGGACAACUCUGUGGUGGACGUGGAAACCAUCCAGGCUUUAUACGAAAACAGAGCCCAGCCUGAUGAGCUGGAACGGAUAAAGAGACACUACCAAACGUCCGAGGAGGAAGUCAAGCUGCUGGACAAACCUGAACAGUUCCUGCUUGAGUUAUCUCAGAUACCAGACUUCCCAGACAGGGCUUCAUGUAUCAUCUUCCAGACGGCCUUCAUAGACGCCAUCGCCUCCAUUCAGCAGAAGUUGGACAAUGUCUCUCGCGUCUGCAAGGAUGUGAUGGACACCUCCAGCGUGAGGGAAGUGAUGGGUCUGAUUCUAGCCCUGGGGAACCAUAUGAACGGGGGCAACACGACCAGAGGACAGGCUGACGGCUUUGGACUGGAGAUCCUGCCCAAACUAAAGGACGUCAAGAGCAGGGACAAUCGUAUCAGUCUGGUUGACUAUGUGACAUCGUACUAUCUCCGCAACCUGGACGAGAACGCUGGGACAGAGAGGAGUGUCUUCCCUCUCCCUGAGCCUCAGGAUGUGUUCCUGGCCGCCCAGGUCAAGUUCGAAGACAUCACCAAGGACCUGAGACAGCUGAGACGAGACCUGACAGUGUGUGAGGAAGGGGUUCAGAAGGUGUGUUCCAGCUCUUCAGGAGAACACCUCCAGCCAUUUAAGGACAAAAUGGAGUCGUUUCUUCUGAUUGCGAAUAAUGAACAAGACGAAGUGCAUGCCCAGUUGAUGUUUGCACAAAAAAGCUUCCACGAGCUGGUGACGUUCUUAGGGCUGAAGCCCAAGACAGGAGAGACCGAAGUGGCGACAGGUCACUUCUUUAUGCUGUGGUUUGAGUUCUGUACCGACUUCAAGACCAGGUGGAAGAGAGAGAACAAGAAUAUAUCCAAAGAGAGGCUGAAAGAGGCCCAGCUGUCGGUGAAGAAGAUCACAGCAGACAAGAAGGUGGAGACUAGGAAAAUCAACCCUAACAGUCUGAAAGACAGGCUACGCCAGAAGGAAGCUAACAUGGUGGCCACAAGCUGAGAGACAGAACAGGACAGAGAAGAUAUUCAUGAGAAAAUGUACGAGUUGAUUUGUGAGGUAAGUGGGGACUUCUCCCACCCCUUUAGCCACCCACACAGGGUGAUCAGGAUCAUACCAGUCUCUGUUCCUGCCCACCCUCUUACAGACACAGCCUGGAACCCUGCCCUCUGAACCUUCCCCUGUUGGAGACUAGAGGAAACCCCUCAUACUAUGGUUCACAGGUCACAAAGUUGCAGAUGGAUUCACUGACCAACAGGAAACUGGCAACAAGAGGGAUGACUAUUUUCUUGUUAAUUUAUGGGAGUAGUGUAUAUUCAUAUGAAAGGUGGUGGAUUCUCCACCUCAUCCUAAGGACGUUCAUGUUUAAAAAUAAUACAUGUUUUUCAGUCCAACAACUGAUUAAUAUCUGGUUAAAUGAAGCAAGACAGUGUGUCUAGAUUUGUGUGGGAAACUUUUUCUCGUGUAGAUUUGUUAAUGUUUGUUUUCUGAUAUUCAAUAUCAGAAGUCUUGUUUCUGUGUUUUAUAAGAAAUGUAUCAUGUUUUUCACCUUAUAUUUCCACUGUCAAUCAUUA